AUGGGGCGUCCAGAAGAAGAAGACGACGACGUAUUCCUUGCACUCAUCCAGAGUGAGAGCAGGCUGUAUACAGGAGAUGGAUCAGUCAACAUUAAGGGACAACCUGUUUUGAAAAGCAAUACUGGAAAUUGGAAAGCAUGCCCUUUCAUACUUGGUAACGAGUGUUGUGAACGCCUAGCCUAUUACGGGAUAUCGACUAAUCUUGUGAGCUAUCUCACCAAAUACUUGCACGAAGGAAAUGCCUCGGCUGCCAGACAUGUCACAAUGUGGCAAGGAACUUGUUACCUCACUCCCCUUCUCGGUGCUGUCUUGGCAGAUGCAUAUUGGGGAAGAUAUUGGACAAUCUCCAUGUUCUCCGUUAUAUAUUUCUUAGGAAUGUGCACAUUGACUCUUUCGGCAUCAAUCCCUUCUUUGAAGCCUGUUGAAUGUGUGGAUGUUAUAUGCCCUUCAGCUACCCCUUCUCAGUAUGCAUUUUUCUUUACUGGGCUUUACCUGAUUGCACUUGGAACCGGAGGGAUCAAACCAUGUGUUUCGUCUUUUGGGGCUGAUCAGUUUGAUGACACGGAUCCGAAAGAGAGGGUGAGUAAGGGAUCCUUCUUCAAUUGGUUUUAUUUCUCAAUCAACAUCGGGGCCUUGGUCUCGGGUACUUUAAUAGUUUGGAUUCAAGACAACAGAGGAUGGGACUUGGGGUUUGGCAUUCCUGCAUUCUUCAUAGGGUUUGCUAUCUUGAGUUUCUUUCUAGGAACACCUCUUUAUAGAUUCCAGAAACCAGGGGGGAGUCCUAUUACAAGAAUGUGCCAAGUUCUGGUUGCAUCAUUUCGCAAAAGGGAUCUUCCGGUCCCUAUUGAUGGCUCUCUCCUGUUUGAAACUCGUGAUAGUGUCUCGGCAAUUGAGGGUAGUCGGAAACUCAUGCAUACUGACGAGCUAAAGUAUCUUGAUAAAGCUGCUGUGAUAUCAUCUAUUGGAACCGAAAAUGGAAACUACUCCAAUCCUUGGAUGCUAUGCACCGUAACACAGGUAGAAGAACUAAAAAUCUUGAUCCGGAUGUUCCCAAUCUGGGCAACGGGAAUUGUUUUUGCUGCUGUUUUUGCCCAAAUGUCAACGUUGUUUGUGGAGCAAGGGAUGAUGAUGGACACGAGUAUCGGGUCGUUCGCCAUCCCCCCCGCUUCACUUGCGAUUUUUGACGUCUUCAGUGUCAUGAUCUGGGUACCGGUUUAUGACCAAAUCAUCGUACCGGUCACAAGGAAAUUCACAGGUCAAGAAAGGGGGUUUUCUGAACUUCAACGAAUGGGCAUCGGUCUCUUUAUCUCCAUCUUUCCCAUGGUGGCUGCAGCAUUGGUGGAGAUAAAGCGUCUAGACGUUGCAAAAUCACUCGAUUUGGUGAACCAAAACGUUCCAGUACCGAUGAGCGUCUUCUGGCAAGUUCCUCAGUAUUUCCUUUUAGGUGCUGCUGAAGUGUUUAUGGUGGUGGGGCAGCUUGAAUUUUUUUACGAUCAAUCACCGGAUGCCAUGCGGAGUUUGUGUAGCGCGCUUUCACUGUUGACAACUGCUUUGGGGAAUUACUUGAGUUCUUUGAUUUUGACAGCAGUGAUGUGUAUUACGGGCGGGGUCGGGAAGAUAGGCUGGAUACCAGAUAACUUGAAUGAAGGGCACCUGGAUUACUUCUUCUGGCUUUUGGGGGGGCUUAGUUUCUUGAAUAUGGUGGUUUAUGUGGUAUGUGCCAAGGCAUACAAGUCAAAGUCAGUUUCUUGAUCAUAAUUCAGAAAUUUGAGUUUCUAUGCUUCAUAAUUUGUACCGUUUGUAAAUGCUACAAAUCAACCUGGGGCGAUUCUCUAUAUACAUUCAUCAACGAAAAGUCCAAACAAUGAUGAUUUCAGAUUGCAAUAAUCAAACACCAACAUUUCAACACAAUACUUGAUACCAUUACAGAACUGUAGGUAGGUUUAUUGAACACACAGACUUGACUGUCAAAAAACAGCACUGAAAAGCACACAUAC